AUGAUCUCGAAAGUUUUGCCGCCAUUGCUCCAACCGACCCUUUUACAAAUAUACCUUUCAUGGGUUGAUGGUUGGCUUUAUUUAUCAAAUGGCUAUGACAGUUCGCCUAAGCGACUCUUUAGUUUGGGCGAACUGGCUUCCCUCUUUGAGGUUGAAAAUAUGCACCAGUUGAUGGACCAUAAUAGUUUGAUGCAGGCUGUAUACUCAUUCAAACAACACACAAAGAAUGGAAGGGUUAAUAUUGGCGGAACAAAGCCUCCCUCAUGUCAGGAGACUGAUCUUUUCUCGGAACAAUAUAACCCUCAAGUGGAGUGUGACUGUGAGGCUGCCGAGUCGAUCCAGAACCAACAACCCAACUCAUUCUCCAAGCUCCAUACAUGUCGAGCUAUUCAAAGUAUGAAGAUAGUCAUGGAAACGGUGAUCACACGACAAGACGAAUGGCAUAGCACCGGCCUAUUCACACCUACAAAACUUAGACUCGCUGUCGACGAGCUGAUACACUCAAGCUCAGAUAUUCAGCCACCACCACAUACAUGCCAGGGAACCAAAAUAUCUGCCGCCAUCCCAAAAAUCAAAGCUCCAGACCGCCGCCCAAACCCUUUCGUUGACAGCAACACUAGAAUCAGCAACCAACUCUACCCAACCGCCGAGCAAAUCAAAAUCUGCACAGAUGCAAAGUAUUUCGGCGUCAUGGCCUGCGGUGGAGGAUUCUGUGAUCAAGGCCUUGCUCGUGCCGUAGCGGACUCAUGCAACGACAUCUUGAUUGGUGAUUACUGCGAGGCCGCUGACGCAAAAGGGCUGAGACUCCUCCAGCAGGUCGGGGCCGCAGCAGUAGCAUUCUUGAAACUAUGCAAUAUGGCGGGUCGGGUGACAGACUGGCAGUUCAACAAUCUCGCCGCAUAUAUCGUGCAAUGCCGAGUCCUUGGAUAUUAUCGUGAUCAUGCCCGACAUCGCCUCCCGCAUGGGAUCUACGGUAGUCGCAUGACGGGACUCGGGAUCCAUCGGCACAUCGAUGUUGCCGCUUUCCAUGGAGUCAUGACUGCCUCUUUAGGAACGGGUCAGCAUUUGACUGAAAAGGAAUACGCGAGGAUUGUCGAGGCGACAGUUUAUAUCAACGAUCUGGUGGACUUCCGCGGUGACACAAUGCGCAAACAGCGAGAGAAUGUUUUGAUUCGCGGCAUUCGGGGGAAUCUUUGUGAAUACCUGGAUAAAACGAUUGGACAGUGUCUAGAGUCAGCGAUUGAGGUGGUUGAAUCUGGCGAAGUCGGUGCUCUGCUCGUCAUGGGGUACUGUAAUUGGGCCAUCAUGUCAGCUCAUCACAAAGUAUAUGAAUGUCUCAAAGGGGUUCGGAAAGUCCAAAAGCACUCAGCUUGUGACUACGAAUCGGUGUCUCAUCUUACAAAAUAUGCACGACUGAUGGAAGCAUUGAGACCGUAUGGCACUCUCGGAAGUGAUGGACCUUUGACAUCAAAGAAGAGGAUCGAGAUGGACAAAACUUAUACUCUGUGUCAAGGGUCUCCGGAGAUGCACCUUGCCUGGCUUGCAGAUGCCACUCGGAGUUUGCUCGAACCCAGUACAUUGAGACAGAUUGUUGAUGUUGUGCAUUUUGAGUGGAGUGGCGACGUGGGUGCUGUUGAUUAUUGUCCUUGA